CAUCAAACAUAGCGUACCSUACGUCCCGGUACGAGUACCGUAGAGUACAAGAUACCAACUUCCAAACGGGUAGAGUUGCUCUACUGCAUKGCAAUCCUCGACGACACCACGAAACGACACCUUCGAAUCUACCGUGCGCUGGCUCCAAGCACUACAACACAGCAAUACAACAGCAAYAGCAACAGCAUCAGCAWCAGCAACAGCUAGCRUUAUUCGAUCGCAGAAGCGAGCGAGUGAUCGAAGCGGAUUUCGAUGCACGAUGGCAGAUUCUCUCCAGCACCGAYGCCGCAAGCGCAGGAGCACUAGCACCACCACUAGCACCGCCACUAGAACUAGAACUACCACCAGCUCCAGCGCUGCCCAACGGUGCGAGUUUUACCGACGCCAACGACGACGCCUCCCGGUGGCCGGCGCCCCGAGGAGUCUCGGGGUKCUUUUCGUACUCGUAGCGCUGGCCAUCGCACGACGGGUCGCCUGGGGCAAGUGCCUCUGGACGGUUCCCACGCCGCGGCCCUUUUCCGAGAGGUCGCCCGCGGCAGGAUUUCCGGAAGGAUUUCCGGAAACCGAACGCCGCGUCGUCUUGGUCGGUGCCAGGGAAAACGAAAACCAAGACGACGACGAACGCGGCGCCGCCAUCUUUUGCGCGGGGCGCCGAGAUUCCAAAGGCCCCCACGGAACCCCACACGGAACCCCCGGAAACGAGCGGAGCAUCUGCUCGGUGGAAACCGUGAGCGAACGCAUCCCCACCCCGUGGCCCAUCAACGUCCUCAAGGAAAAAUGGACCAGCCGGCGCGGCUCGUCUCCCGCAAACGGCGAGGGAAGCGGGGACCAARAUCCCGGUCGCCGCGCCCMRAAGCCAAAGCCGGCGUAUCCCAGCAUGGGGGCACUCUUUCUGGCGUACGCGAAACAACAGGUGCUCAUCAAAACCAGGCAGCUGUCGGAGAUCGCCUCCCAGGUCUGGUACAACCUCCCGCCCUCGGCGCCGCCACUGAUCGUGCUGGCCAGCAUCCCCCGAAAGGCAGGGCKUAAGGACGCCAAAUCGGUGGCGAAGGCGGCGUCGGAAGCGGAYGGCUUCCGCCGCGUCAUUCCCCUGUUCUCCGACCCCUUUGCCCGCUCGGUGGCGAUCGCCGGGCUGGGGAUKGCCGUCCUGUCCUGGAGCAACCAGGAGCUGCAGCGAAAACGAAAGCUCUCGCCUCUGGCCCUGCCGGCAAUGCGCAGCGUCGAUGGGGAGGGGGAGCACGUGAGCGUUUCAAAGGUCUUUUUGCCCCCCUUCCUGCCCGAWGAAGUACCCGAGCCCGAGAUCGAUGCGCUGCUGGGAAAACCGUCGGAGGGGUCGGGGGUYCGGAACGCCUUUGGCGACGAACUGGCCUCGAACCCGAACGGCUCGGCGGGCGACACCGUGGAGAGCAYCCUGUCGAACGUUUCUCCAAAGAUUCGAAAGCACCUCAGCGGCAUCUACGAGACGACGACCACCAAUCCGAGGCGCUUCCUUAAAAACUACUACGUCGAAUGGCUCCAGGGACGCGCUGCACGGAAGAGGGAGGUCGCCAAGAUACGCCGGCAGCGUGUCUACGACGAGCUGGUGGCCCUCCAGACACUGAAAAAAMGACAAGCGGCAUCCAAACAAACGCCAAAACAAGGUCUUUCCGGCGAUGCCGCGCCCCCCGAGAUGGGCUUUGCCCUGGUCACGGGGGCCUCCCGUGGGAUUGGCCGUGCCAUUGCGGUGGAAAUAGCUCGGUGGGAGAUUCCCCUGGUCCUGGUGGCAAGAGACGUCGACAAGCUGGCACGGCUCGCGUCGGAUCUAGAAGCCUGCUACGGGGUGAAAUGCUGUGUUUUAGAAGCCGACCUGUCCAAGGCGGACGCCGCCGAGAGAAUCAAACAAGCCACCGACGACGCGGGGAUCUCCGUCGACAUUCUGAUCAACAACGCCGGCGUGGCAACCGAAGGACUGGCCGUCGAUGCCGACACCUCCGACAUCGAGCGCAUGGUCCUGCUCAACUCGCUGACCUACACCAAGCUCAGCGUCCUGUACGGCCGGGACAUGAAGAAGAAACGGAGGGGCCGGAUGCUCAUGAUGUCCUCGAUGGCCGGCCUGUGCAACGGUGCCCCGAACACCGCGGUGUACGGCGCGUGCAAGGCCUUUGGGAAAUCCCUGGCGCUGUCCAUGGCCAGGGAGAUGGAAUCCUACGGCGUCGGUGUCACGUGCCUGAUGCCCGGGGCCGUCCUCGAUACCGACUUCCGCCGGAGCAGCGGAACGCGCCGGGCCCUCGUCUGGUACCUUCCGUUUUAUUCCCGAUCGCCGGACAUGGUUGCGCACCAGGUAAGUCCAGACAGCACGAGRUCAAAGAAGACAAAGUGUAGAAUGCACCGUUGGAUUCUGUGUUUCUAAUCGAGUCGGUGUCUUUUGUUGYUGGGCAUCCUCUACAGGGUGUCAUGUCGCUGCUCGAUGGAGACACRCGAUCAGUACCCGGUUGGCARAAUCGUGUCUUUGCGAACAUUGUUCGGCCCAUCAUUCCUCAGCGUGUAGAAAUCAUGCUUGUCCAGCUUGCCUUUAGCCCGCUUUCACUGCCAAGUAUCAAAAGCUUGUGGCAACGCAACAAUCCAAACAACGACGACAGCGGGGCGGAAACCGAUUCUCCCCCUCCCUAUUCACCGGGACCCUCUCACGGCUCUUCGUGGCUUUCGCUGAAACCAAGGCACAGCACCCAACCCCCGCCUCGGUUUUUGAAACUCCCAGAAGAAGAGCCAGUGGAAAUCGCCAGGGAAGACAAKGUARCAAACCAUGAAAUCUUGGAAGAAGAAGCAUCCUCGCCGUCACCUGUGACGGCCAAUGGGACAAAUUUUACGACAGCAGCAACCAGCCCCAGAGAGGUAGAUGAAGUGGAGGACGUACCGAUUGCUCAAUCUCACAGAACGCCUGAAAUUCCGGAUUCAAUGCAUUYCGUSAACAGCAAUCGAACAGUGGAUAGAGACGAACUUCAUUCGAUCGAGCAGAACUCCCAGCCAUUGGAAAGGCAAGAAGAAGAUCAUCAUCGAAACAYGGAAACGUACAAUUCCAAUCAGAAAAGUCAAACAGGAGAAAGAAAGAUACCACUCAAGCCAGAGAAGAGAAAUUCAGUUCCGCGCGAGAGAAAUGCCUCARUACCAAUCUACGAGAAGAGYCAAGAGCAURGCACAGCAAAGAAACCAARGCAUUCUCGAGACCAACACGAUGGAAUGAUAAGAGAAGGUGCUGGAGUUGGGAAACUUCAAUCGUCGCAGUGGCCGCAAUGGUUUGACGAUGAAUACGACGAUGACGAUGACGAGACCUUUUCGACUAGGCUACGACCAAUUAGUAUGAAGGGAAACCAAGAAUUUUUGUAUUCGAAUCAAGGCAGCGGAAAGCCACAAGGCACGCCGAUAAUUACCGUGUGACAAAACUUACUGUACUUYUGAUUUAGAAAAGUAUGAAUUUUUCAAUAACAAAAAGUACGGAUU